ACGUGUCAAACCUCACACAAAAUACCUCGCACGUGCCGGAUCUGUUAUAAAAAUCACUCGACGGUCUUCUCCUUCCAGUUCAUCACAAUUUCAAACCUCUCUCUCUCUCUCUCUCUCUCCUCCAAUUCUCAAUCAAUCGAAUCAUGGUUGAACCGGCGAAUACCGUUGGAAUCCCGUUGAACCACACUGCGUUGCUGAAGGAUGAGCUCGACAUCGUGAUCCCCACCAUCCGCAACCUCGAUUUCCUCGAGAUGUGGAGGCCCUUUCUCCAGCCUUACCAUCUCAUCAUCGUCCAGGACGGAGAUCCUUCCAAGACCAUUGCUGUUCCUGAAGGGUUCGAUUACGAGCUCUACAACAGGAACGACAUCAACCGUAUCCUCGGUCCCAAAGCUUCGUGCAUCUCCUUCAAGGACUCGGCUUGCCGCUGCUUCGGAUACAUGGUGUCUAAGAAGAAGUAUAUCUUCACAAUCGACGAUGAUUGCUUCGUUGCUAAGGAUCCAUCUGGAAAAGCAGUGAACGCACUUGAGCAACACAUCAAGAACCUUCUCUGCCCAUCUUCUCCGUUUUUCUUCAACACCUUGUACGACCCAUACCGUGAAGGUGCUGACUUCGUCCGUGGAUACCCUUUCAGUCUCCGUGAGGGUGUUUCCACUGCUGUCUCCCACGGUCUCUGGCUCAACAUCCCUGAUUACGAUGCCCCAACCCAACUUGUGAAGCCUAAAGAAAGGAACACAAGGUAUGUGGAUGCUGUAAUGACCAUCCCAAAGGGAACACUUUUCCCAAUGUGUGGUAUGAACUUAGCCUUUGACCGUGAUCUCAUCGGUCCGGCUAUGUACUUUGGUCUCAUGGGUGAUGGUCAGCCUAUUGGUCGCUACGACGAUAUGUGGGCUGGAUGGUGUGUCAAGGUGAUCUGUGACCAUUUGGGAUUGGGAGUGAAGACAGGUCUGCCCUACAUUUAUCACAGCAAGGCAAGCAACCCAUUUGUGAACCUGAAGAAGGAAUACAAGGGAAUUUUCUGGCAGGAGGACAUCAUUCCUUUCUUCCAGAGCGCAAAGCUCUCAAAAGAAGCUGUGACGGUUCAACAAUGCUACAUUGAACUGUCUAAGAUGGUGAAGGAGAAGCUUAGCGCCAUUGAUCCUUACUUUGCCAAGCUUGCUGAUGCUAUGGUCACCUGGAUUGAAGCUUGGGAUGAGCUUAACCCGGCCACCAAAGCUUGAGCAGCAGAGAAAAAAAAACUAUCACCGCAGUUUUGGUUAUUAGCUUAACCUAUCUCAUCUAUCUUCUUUCCUUCCCCGUUUUGUUUUUUUUUUUUCUGACUUUCCGGUGAUUAUUCAGUUCGUUUUAAAGUUGCCAGAGUUUAUUUAAAUAGUGAUGGUGUGUAGUUCUAUUUAAGACCGAUACAAUCUAUCCUCUGAGCUUUUUGUUUCAAUAAUAAAAUCAUAUAUAUUCCUUGA